UCCAUGGAAAUCGUGUGAGGGCGAGAAGCGAGCACAGCACGCUGUUUUUUUUUAUGUUUUUCGCGCUGUGCUCUGAGCAGUUACAGUAGAUGUAAGAGUCCAUUGCAAAACUGUUUCUAUUCCCGUCACCAAUAGUUUGAAGUGAUGGACUAACGUAAAUAAUGAGCUAUGUGUUCUGUACAUAACCUUCACACACUCGAGGGAGGAACUGUCUGCUUUGUAACUAUGACCACCAUUCAUUCUCGUCAUUCUCGUCCUCGCAGGUUCGCGAAGUUCAUUAGGCGCAGUGUUACAUAUUCAUAGACAAAAACUUGUGCAUUUCACCACAACCUUCACGUCACUUGCGAGCACCGAAGAGCGCAGGAAAAUAGAAUGUGCAGAACGGAUUUAUCGAGUUGUUAAGAAUACUUCAUGCCGAAACGUGCCCUGGAUGAGACCGGGGGUCUCCCGGAUGUCGCCGAUGGUACCUCGCUGCCUUCGUCGAGUGGGGAGCACACUCCUUCGAGUCAAGGAGAAGACUGUCAGGACGGUAGAAGCCCACCUCACAAAUGCAGACGGAAAGCAGUGGGCUUCAAUGAUGUCACUGUUUACUACUUCCAGCGAAUGCAGGGAUUUACAUGUGUGCCUAGUCAAGGAGGUUCAACACUGGGCAUGAGCCCCGUGCACACAGAGAAGAAAACGUUCAGCCUCAAGCAGCACUCUGAAGAGAGGCGUCGUUUGCAUUUUGAAGGGAUAGAACAAAGCUCUUCCUCUUCAUCACCAACGGACGAGACCCUUACUUCUUUUGAAGACUGUGCCAACUCAUCUAGUAAUGGCAAGUUUGAUGACGACGACGAUCUGGACGAAGCCGACGAAGAAGACGUAGACACACUAAAUUACCUGCAGCCUGUCCCAACGCGUCAGCGAAGGGCAUUGCUGCGGGCAAGUGGUGUGCGCAAGAUAGAUGCUCUAGAGAAGGAUGAAUGUCGUGACAUUCGAACGUCGCGCGAGUUUUGUGGAUGUGCCUGCCGGGGGCGCUGUCUGCCCCAUGAAUGUUCCUGCUCCUUGGCUGGCAUCUCCUGUCAAGUGGACCGAAUGUCAUUUCCAUGCGGGUGCACACGCGAGGGUUGUGCCAACGAGUCUGGCCGUACCGAGUUCAAUCCAGUACGGGUGCGAGCGCACUUUCUGCACACGUUGAUGCGACUGGAACUCGAGAAGCAGCAGAGGCAACUGGAAGGAUGCGACCCCUCAUCCGCGACGCAACUUUCCCUAGCUUCGAACCUCAAUUUCCACAGACUCAACCCGCGUACCCUGAUGUACUAUAAUGGAAGCUCCGUAGACACGGCCACCAUGAGGUACAGCUCCGAGGAGGAGGAGGAAGAAGAGGAGGAAGAUGAAACGUCGUAUUCGGAGAACUCCGACUACUCCACAGAGGACGAAACGGAAGAGGCGCGAUCAUACGACGGAGUGUCGGACGACAAGCAGAGCGACAGCGGGGAUCUCACCUGCGCCAGGUUGGCGAGCGACGCACUGGACUAUACAGAUUUAAGUGAAGCUGUGCCAAAAGACAGUGCCGCCGCGGAGGAGAGGAGGGAAGCAACGAGGGGCGUCGUUCCGGUCGACCCCGUCUUCGUGGGGUGCGGAGACGACUGUGCUACGACGGGACUCGAGCAGGCGACCGACGUUGAACAGAACGGCAGGGUGGACGACGGGGAAGGGUCUUCCUCGGCUGCCACGACGGACAGUGCGUUUGGAGAGAUCAUAAAGGCGUCCCUCGGAGAGGUGACGACAUUGUGAUGGUGAUGGUGAGCAGUUGGGAUUCGGGCUCUUAGCUUUUAUCCGUUGCCGUGUGUGAUUUUUGUUAUCUUGUCGUGCUCCCAUGUUGGGUAAACAGCAGGACAAACUCAUGUCUUCUCUUUCCAAGAAAACUUCCAGAGCAUCAUCCCCCCCUCCCCCCCCCCUUUUCUGCUGUAGAUAAACUCAUCCGUAAAACGCAAAACGUGUAACAUCGCUGCUUCGUCUUGUGGAUUUCGGACCUUGGUAGUUUUUGUGUUGGAAGUGCUUGUUGGACAGUUGUGUUCAUACUGCUUUAUGCAGAAAAAUUACAGUGAAUGACUAAAACAAGGACUGAAGGACUAUUUAAUCCAAAAGAGGACGAUGUCAAAACCCCAACACAUGGAAGUGGUUAGUGAAAUGGUGUGUUGCUAUGGGGUGGGGCCUGACUGACAUAUUUUAAGUUAACCUUUUGAACUUGCAAAGCUUCAGAAGUGAUAUGAACAGUAAGGUAUUAUUGUUCAUAUCAUGCAUGGGUUUUCAUGGCUUGAGUAAAACAAAUAGUCCUUCUAACAUGAUCUCAAAGGGGACACUUCUAAAGAAGUGCUAUUUCUCACAAAAUUUGGCCUUCAUUAAUCUGGUCAAAAUUGUAGCGGAAAAGAAAGAACGAAAAGACAUCCCGCUAGGGAGUGUAUUGACAUCUUGGGAGGGGGGGAAAGAGAUGGAUGUAUGGUUUUUGGGUUUACACUUUCGUCGUAAAGCUCUAUAAUUUUUUUUCUGGGGAAAGCACUGCAAAGCGCAAAACAGUUAUAUACCAAGAUGUUUUCUUUUCCUUGAAGCUUCUAUCUGUUGUACAACCUACUUUGUACAGGCAUUUUUGUACAUACGCGAGUACUUUUAAAUCAUGUAGAGAUUAUGGUAUCCGUACUUCAGAAAAUCCUCCUCAUGUUUUAAUUGCAUGCUGUGUUGCAGCACACUUAGUAUGCUCCCAGGGUACCCACAAUCAAUUGGACUUUGAGUCGUGUGAGUAAGAAGAGUGAUUCUGUCGGUGUGCCUCUGUGCUAUGCUUUUUAAAAAGUGACAUUUGUGUACAGAGUUAUAGCUGUUGGUACAGGCGUGAGCCCUGCCACCAAUUUAAGUUUUAAUAGAAUUGAUCAUGUAUGGCUGUGCUCUCUAAGAGAGUCCUGUGUACUUUUUAUUUGUCGUAUGCGAAUAAUGAAAUUUCAGUUUGAAUCAAA